AUGGCAAUACAUGAAAGCAUUCGUCUGUCGAUAGCCGACAAUGCAGCCUUCUCAACGCUUUUCCUGAUCCUUGCGCCGUUCUUGGUCACCAUCUUCUAUAUACGCCAUGUCUUCAAACCUGUCGGUCUGCGUCCAACAAUCGAUGGACGUCGGCCCAUUCUGCCAAAGGGACCUGAAGGUGUACCCUUGUUCGGGAAUCUGUUGCAGUUAUCCCGCCAACGUCAUCAGGCAGGCGCCAUGACUGCCAUGCUACGUCGCUUGUCGCAGUAUGGUGAAAUGACCACCCUACAUCUCGGAUCCAAGACUUGGGUUCUCCUCAACAGCCAUAGGGUAGUAACAGAGCUAAUUGCCAAGAGAGGGUCAAUGACAAAUGGGAGGUCGCCAAUGCCCGUGUCCAGUGGAAUCGUCAGCCGCCAUGGACGCUCACUUCUUCUGCCGCCAGACGGUUGGACUGAGCGGCGCCGUGUCAUGCAUCAUUUGCUGAAUGGGACCGCACUCAAGCAAUACGGCGAAUGGCAGGAAACCGAAAGCACUCUGAUGAUGGCGCAGUAUCUUCUUCAGCCGCAUCUGUGGUAUCGGCACCACUACAGCUAUGCCAAUUCGGUCGUUCACCGCAUAGCACUUGGCGAGAGAGUCCGUAUGUCGAGCCAAGAUCUAAAGGACCUCCAAGACGUUGUGACCACCUUCGUGGGAAGCAUUGGCUCGAGCAUGGUUGACUGGUUUCCGGAGCUCGAUAGCCUACCUCGCCCACUUCACUUUUGGCGACCUUACUGGAGCAAAAUUGACCGUUGGAACCACUCUGUGUACCGCAAGUGGUGGGACCCCGUGCGGAAUCGUAUCGACGACGGCAGCGCUCCGCAGUCGUUUGUGAGAGACGUGCUUCUCCACCCGGAUUCAGCCUUUCGGGGUUCCGACCAGGAUGCGAUGUAUGUGGCGAUGCAGCUCAUCGAAGCCGGGAGCGACACUACACGGGAGGUUCUGAACACUUUCAUCAUGGCCUCUAUUCGCUACCCAGAGACCUUCCGAAAAUUACGAGCGGAAGUCGACGAGCUCUGCGACAAAGAUGGCGUGCUUCGCUAUCCGGUGCUAAAUGACAUGGAGCACUUACCCUACGCGUGUGCCAGCAUCAAAGAACUUCUGCGAUGGCGUCCUAUUUUCCCACUCACACCAGACCAUUGUUUGACCCAGGACCUCGAAUUCGAAGGCUACAUCUUUCCAAAGGGCACUGGUUUCGUUAUUAAUGGAAUCGCAAUCAGCGAUGAAUGCGACAACCCUAACCUCUACAGACCAGAGCGCUUCAUUGAUGGUUAUGAGAUGGAUGUGGCACAUGGAAUCUGGCAAUUUGGUGGUGGUCGACGCAUCUGCGUAGGCUACCGACUUGCUCAAAGAGGUUUGUUGAUCAAUAUAGCUCGACUGGCUUUGGCUUUCGACUUUGCGGCGGUUCGCCAUCUAGACGACACCAAACUAAACCAUCAUCUCACUUCGGAGCCCUUCCCCGUUCGCGUGCUGAUGCGAAGCCCACGCCACGAGAAACUUAUCCUGAAAGAGGCGAUGGAGGCGGAUGUACUCGAGACGGCGCGGCUAGACAUUUGA